CAGUCUCAGAUUUUGGUGUUUAUAUUCCCUCGAUUGUUGUCAAGGGAAUCAAACGCUAUCGAUCUAUAGGGGGUUCAGUUUUUGAUUGUAACCCCUUGGGCUGUGGCUAUCGCAGGGUAAGAAUUCGGUACUUUAUAAAUGGGUUGUGGACUGCCAUUUUCUUAAAACGAUUCGAGAAUGGAAUGCUUUUAAAAUGCUUACAAUUUUAUAUAGCCUGACAAACCACACAUAUCGAUAUAUACGCAUAUAACUGUGGCUACUUUAGUUGUAAAUAGUUUUUAAUUACUCAUUUCUGAAACAUAUAAAAGAACGUUAACCAAUUAAAUUAAAAUUUAAGGUUGUAAAAUAUAUCACUGAGUACAAACUAUGACACAAGUAUUGCGUGUUUAUUACGACCGCUAUUUUACAAUCUGAUUAAGAAAAAACAAGCCGAAAACAUUUAAAGUUUAAAAUCUAAAUGAAACUUUCGCUAUAUAAGCCACAAAGUUAUCUCAAUGCAAUAGUACUUUUGGCCAAGAUGUUACCACGUUCGUUGCUGCCAAUUAUUGGAGGACUAUGGCUAACCAUUUUAUUAGUAGAUAAUUGCAGUGGCAAGCGAAAGUGGGACUACGAGCCGCUAAGUAUUGAGAGCUUCUCUACGGAUGAAAACUUGCUGAAAAUGGACGCGAAGGUGGAGCGACUUGGUAGGGGAGAAUUUGCCAUUACGGCCACGAUCGAUUUUAAAUACGAACCGGACGAAAAUACUAUGGUUGAAGCAGUGGGCUAUAGAAGCACCUCCGGAGACGAAAACGACUACAAGCUGAUUCCUUUAAGCAUUCCAAAGCAACCCUUCACGGAAUUUAUGAACAGUCACUACAAGGACAUGGUAAUACCCAACCUGGGCGGUUGCUCUAAUAUUAUCCAGUUUAAGGACAAAUUCGAGCCGCCAUGGCCAAUGAAGGUAUACAAUCUAAAACAAUGCGUGGCCGACAGCGAUGGGUUUCCGGACGUAGUGCCCGAAGGUUAUUACAAGGUCAAUUUCACCAUGUCGAAUCCCGUGGAUUGGGGAUUCAUUCUCAUCGUGAAGAUCACGACUAAACUUAUGUGAUAAAUCCACAAAAACAUAUAUGUAAUGCCAAAUUUUAAUCUAUUUGCAGCAUGUAGAAAGUUAGUUGAAUUUAAUGAGCAAUAAAAACGGCAUCAGAGAAAUUUCAAA